AAAGUUCAGUUUCACAAUAUAGCUUCCUCAUCAUAUGCUUCUACUAAUACCACAGUACCUACCGUAAAUUCUGAAGAUUCUUCUACCCAUUAUUGCUAUAGACCUGAGUCCUCAAAAGUUAAG